AUGGUUUACCAUUCGAGGUACCGGCGGGGAUCCUUUUCUCCCAUCCCUUCAAUCUCACAGGAUAAACAGGAAUGGAUCGGAGACAAGCGAAAUGUCCCUGAGAACAGCACUGAUUUCAACCCUGCGGACGGUAAGGAUACUGGAGCAGUACCUUCGCGAUUCGGGGGCAUGGAUUUCAGGAACACCGAAUCCUCGCCGUCUGGGAGUAUGUCUAUCCGUAAUUCAACAUUGGCAAUGGAUAUCCGAGUCCCAACAAUGACGGCAGAAUCUAUCCUUUCACCCAAUCUCGGGGGACUUACAAUGCCGUCUACCACCGCGUUGGCUCCCUUCAGUAUGGAGAACGGCAAGUACUGGACUUCCUCAGCAGCGCGUCAUCUCGAUUCGCUGGCCAAGGUGCCGAAAUACUACUCGUAUCCGGAAGUCGCGGGCGUCAAGGUUGACAAGAGCAUUCCCCUGUCAAAACGCAUCGCCCUCCGAUCCAAGCUUCGGGAAUACUACGGACUCAAGCUCAAGGCGUCCGCGCCGCGGGAGCACACUCCCCUAGCAAACUUGCCAUUGUACCAGAUCCCGAAUGAGUCCGUCCCCGAAGGGUAUUCGCUCUUGCAGGAGUUCCGUCACUUCGUUGCUGUCGUCCAGACGAACGAGUUCGCUUUCAACAGUCCGUACACGGUGAAGCUGAACUACACGAAGCCCGGCAGGCCUGAGGAAGAAAUCUUCAUCGGGCUGUCUCAGUGUUCGCCAGACCCGAUCACUGUGACUGCAUGUCAAGGAUGCAUCAUGAGACGGGACGCACUGGGGUCGACCAUCCGAGGCGCCAUUCCAAUUUCGUCCGAGAUCGUCAUGGACGCACUGUCGGACGUGACCGGCGCACUUCUGAGCGAGGAGGACGUCCUGGCGCGAUUCAAAGACCACCUCCGCGGCGUCAUCGUGAACAAGAGCGGCGCGCCGGUCGGUGUUGCGCAGGGCGGGCCUGCGGGGCUCACGCGGGGCGGCUUGACCCACGACGAUGCGCUGGACAAGUUCGCCGUCCCUGACAUCACGCUCGUGUCUGCGGGGGCUGCGCGCAAGCUGGAUGGAGACUUCAAGUGGAUCGACUGGCAGAACCACGGGAAGGUGUUCCUCCGGGGACAUCACCAGUGGACGAAGGAUUUUUGGGUGAUGCUGCCGACUGCUCCCCGUCGUAAAAUUAAACGACACUCGACCAAUGUCCAAACUCUUGGGCUCUUCUACGCCCUUGCAAUGCCGUCCACUGAGGGAUGCGGAAAUGAUAUUCGAUGUACGAUAUGCAAUAAAUACAGCGGGGGCUUCAUUACAGGUAGUGGGACUUUUUCGUGA